AUGGGAGAUGACACGGCCAAAGACCUCAACACCAAACCCCUAGUCUCAGAAAUAGACCUGUCGAGCGCUCUUCACCACCUAGAAAUCCUCCUAUCUUCCCAACCCUCUCCUACACUGCCGCAAAGGCUCAUAUCCCCAAUACUACUCCCCCUCUGGGCGCUAACCAAUUUUGCAAAGUCAACCGGAAGAAGCACCUGGCACGAGCGCACCCUCGCACUACUAAAAGCCUACAUAAAGACAUCCCCCGACCAAUCCACCCUCCAGUGGAUUCAAGCGCGGAUACUAUAUUCUGGCGGGGAGGCAUGGGAGUUCGGACCCGGGAGUGAGGGUGGGAUCGAGGUCCGGUGUCGGAUUGAGGGCGCUGCGGGGUUCGAUGUUGACAGGGCUGAGGCCAGGAUUCGGGAAUUCUUGGGGCUUUUGGGGGACGGUGGGGUUAGCGGUGAUGUCUUUAACGACUUUUUCCUACGGAACUUGAGGACUUGGCUCGGCCGACGGAACAACGAGGGUGAGGAUCCGGUCAAGAUGUUUACCACGCUCAAGGUCUUGCAGGAGGUGUUGGGUGGGCGUGAGGAGGCGAUCGCUAAGAAUCCUACGGAGGUGUUACAGAUUGUCAAGGGGGUGUUGGAUGAGCAUAUUGAGUAUCUAGACGGCUUGAAGGCCUCUAGUAGAGACACUGCCACACCAAGUUUAGAAGGUCUUGGGAAGAUUGUCUCCGAUUCGUCUCUGCCCGGCUCGAAAAUGGGCGGUGGGGAAGGAGAGCUAGACAAAGCAGCAGAAGAAGAAGAAGAGCGAACCCAGACCUUAACAAUGACCCUCUCCCUGUUGAGCGCGAUAAUCUCCAACCCAACCACAAAACUAACACCCACGGACGAGCGUCUAAUACAAACCCUCCAGCCAUCACUCGUUCACAUCACCACUUCAAAAUUCACAAACUUGGAGGUCAAAAGCCAGGCACUGAACAUGACUUCCCUAUUAACCCAGCAUUCCCCUUCCGCCCACUCUUCUUCCUCAACAACAACAACCAUCCUCACCCGCCAAAAAGAAACCUACAAACUCGCCCUCUCAUACAUCCGCGACCCACUGAUCCCCGUGCGCGCCCACGGUCUGCACCUCCUACGGGAACUAAUCCUGGCAAAAUCGCCAGUAAUAAACAUACAAACCACCCUCUCGCAACUGAUCGCCCAACUGAAGGACGACGACAGCUUCGUGCACCUAAACGUGAUAAAGUGUCUAUCAGCCCUGACGGACAAGCACCCGGUCACCGUGACGAGAAUGCUGGUAGAAGCGUAUCUAAACAACACCAACGAUGAAGAAGACCAAACCCUCCGCCUCGGCGAAGCCCUCCAAUCCACCAUCCAACGACAAGGCGAAGCCCUAACGGGCGAUACAGCAACACUCCUCACACAGGCAAUGCUCAAGACAGCGGCGCGCCAAAACCCCACCACCACCACUACCACACAGAUCCGCGCGAGCGCGCUGUCGAUCCUGUGCACGGCGAUAGAGACGAACCCGACCGGUCUCGGUCACGACGCUGUAUCCGACGCUCUGGACGUCUGCUUGUCCAUACUCACGCUGGAGGGUGGAGUCGAGAGGGCUGCGCUCAGGCGCGCCGCCGUAGUCUGCAUUUGUGGGGUUUUGAAAGCCUUGGUCGGCGGUGAUGGGGAGAGGUUGGAGUUGGGGUGGAGGGAGGGGGUGUGGGGCGUCGUCCGGGGGAGAAUAUCAGAGAUUGGGAGGGUGGUUGGGUACUUGAGGGGUACGGAUUCGGAUGGGUUGGUAAGGGAGCAGGCCCGCGUUGUUUUGGAGAAUUUGGAGGCGGUUGUUGGGGUUUGGGUUGCUAGGGGGGCGGCGGCAUCGGGCGCGGGGUUGGAGGGUGUGGUUCGGGGUGGGUGGUGA